CUGCUGCUCUAUUUAAAUGCCAGAGUUCCUCUGUCUCAAACAGAGAGAAGGGUGCAACAAUAUGAUGGACCUUUUUGAGACCAGCUCUUAUCUCUUUGGUGACCUGCGGUACUUGGAGGAGGCCGACAACGGACCGCUACAGCACUUGGACAUAGCAGGAGUGUCUCCUCUGUAUAACAGCAACGACAGCCCGUUGUCUCCGGGCCAGGAUAACGUUCCUUCGGAGACCGGCGGGGAGAGCAGCGGAGAGGAGCAUGUGCUCGCGCCUCCGGGCCUCCAGGCGCACUGUGAGGGCCAGUGCCUCAUGUGGGCCUGCAAGAUCUGCAAGAAGAAGUCCGCACCCACGGACAGGCGCAAGGCCGCUACGCUCAGGGAAAGAAGGAGGCUCAAGAAGAUCAACGAGGCCUUCGAUGCCCUGAAGAGGAAGACUGUGGCCAAUCCCAACCAGAGACUGCCCAAAGUGGAGAUUCUGCGCAGCGCUAUCAGCUACAUUGAGAGGCUACAAGAUCUGCUGCAAACUCUGGACGAGCAGGAACAGGGAGGAAGUACCUCUUCGUUCAACACCAAAGAUCACAACGUAGCAAACGAUGAGUACAACUGGAAGACAUCGUCUGAAAUCCUACCAACCUCUGCUGAUCAUUCCACUGCAGCAAUGAAUCAGAGUGAAGGUUCCAGUGAGUCCUCCGCAUCCUCCAGCCUCCUGCGUCUCUCCUCCAUCGUAAACAGCAUCACGAACGGCGAGAAAAUCCACUUCUCGGCUGGAGGGUCAGAAAAUUGAAGCAUUGGCAAAGGCCCUAGAAAUAAUUGUCAUUGUUUUUUUUCUUCUAAUCUGUACAUAUUUUUUUUUUGUGCUAAAAUCUAUUUAUAUGAUGUUGCAAAGCCAACAGUAUCUUGAAGAAACGUGACAUUUGGUUAGAAUAUUUGUACAUAUUGCUGACCAACAGAAAUAAAGAAUGUGAUUUUUCACUUGC